AUGAAAGUUCUCGUCGUGCUCGGCGCCAUCCUGGCAGCCCUGGCGUACGUUGUCGAGAAGAACCUGGACUCGUUCUACGUCUUCCAGCCGGAGCAACUGCACGAGCUGGCCAAGCAGGGCGUGGACAAGUUUGGCAACGACACGGCGGCGAUCAUCAGCUACGUGCACGGCGAGCUGCUCGGACAGGCAUCCGUGUCCAAGUACGUUGCCCAGGAGCAACACUGGUUCUUCAACAAUGCUGGCGGUGCCAUGGGUGGCAUGACCAUCCUGCACGCCAGUGUGACCGAAUACCUCAUCUUCUUCGGCACCACGGUGGGCACUGAGGGCCACACCGGUCGCCACACGGCCGACGACUACUUCCACAUCCUCCACGGCGAGCAGUGGGCCUACGUGCCCGGCGAGUUCGAGCCCGAGGUCUACGUCCCCGGCAGCGUGCACCAUCUGCGCCGCGGAACCGUUAAGCAGUACCGCAUGCCCGACAACUGCUUCGCGCUUGAGUACGCCCGUGGCUGGAUUCCGCCCAUGCUCUUUUUCGGCUUUGCCGACGGCCUGAGCAGCACCCUUGACUUUCCGACGCUUUGGACGACGACAUGGCUGACCGGCAAGGAAAUUGCUGGCAACCUGCUGCUGGGCAAAUUUUAA